CAGAGGUGGACUGUUGGACAGAAAGGCUGUGAUUUGUACCUCCUGGCUGGCAGCAUCAGACGGACACUCCUCACCAUGUACGGCAGAGGCUUCGCCACAGAGGCCAGUUAGCCAGGACAUGCUGGAGACUGGAGCUGGACACUGGAUGAAUGGACUGGGCAUAUGUCAGAGGACACACAGUACAUCGGAGUAGUGGUCAUCAGGACGUAAGGAGAGUUACAGCAGCCUUGGCGUAACACUGAGCAGUGAGAGCUGGAGCAGGAGCAGCCUGUUCACUACAAGUCUACACUGUGGAACAUUGAGAAGUAGAGAUGACUGGAACCCUGCUGACUCCGGUUCUGCUCUGUUGCAUAGUGGUGCUGUGUGAAUGUGAGCCAACACAGCCAGGGCUAGACAGAGGAGAGAGGGGCUCAGAAGAGGGCAGCAGUCUGCGCCUGGUCCAUCAAACAUCAGACUGGGUGUUCCAGCUGGUCAACGUGUCCCUGGACCUCUCCCAGGCAGGGAGCUUCUGCAGGGGCCAGUUCAGCUCCCUCACCACCCUGGGCCAACCUGAAGACGAGGACGGAACCCUGGAGCUCCAGAGGCAGGCAGGCCUGCAUGGACCCAUAUGGGUCAGGGACCCCAACAGACCAACUAGCAGGUCUCUGGCCCUCACCAAACAGUAUGUGUUGUUCCAAGCCCUGAACUUCCCCAGGGACUCCCAGGAGGGCUACGGCCGUGUCAACAUGACGUUCCCGGCAAUGCCAGCGGUGAGCGUGUGCGUCCGCGUGCAGUGGGACCCCCAGUGGUACCAGGUGUCCACCAUGUACUCCUACGCCGCGGCCGUCUUCACCAACGAGUUCCAGCUGCGCGGGCAGUUGGACGGGACAGGACGCAUCCUGCUGGCGCUCAUUGUUCAUGGGCAGCACCGCCCCUACAAGGCAUCCUUCCCCAACGAUGGGGCCUGGCACCACCUCUGUGUCACCUGGCGCAAGACUGACGGCCACUGGGCCAUCUAUGUGGAUGGGGAGAGGGGGGACAUGGGCUCCGGGUCUGACACCCCCAGGGACAUACAUGGAGAUGGCAUACUUAUCCUGGGGCAGGACCAGGACUCGUUUGGGGGGAACUUCACUGAGCCCUUUGUAGGGAAUAUCACAGAUCUGAAUGUCUGGGACACAGCCUUGGAGCAGAGGCAGUUCCGUGCCCUGAAUGGCUGCUCAUCUUUGACCCAGGACGCUAUCUUUACCUGGAGUAUUGAUAAUAUGACCCGUCACCCAGUGGUCAGAGAGGUGCCAGCCAUGCUGUUCUGUCCAGCGGUCCACAGGCAGAGGGCGAUGCAGGGCUGCAGGACUCUAAAGGGCUGGUCUAGCCAACAGCUCCCCCUGUAUGACUCUGCGGACUGCUCCACCACACUGCCCUUCAUCUGCAGGACCAGCAGGGAGCGCUAUGUUAAGAUGAAGGAGUUGAGUGAGUCUCAGCGCUCCCAUCCCAGUCCCUUCAUGCACCAGCUCAUGCAGCUCUCCAAUGGAACGCAGGGCAUGGAGGGUGUGAUGGGGGAGCAGCCAGGGGGCCAGAUGAGCUGGGGUCAGGCGUCCAGUCUGCUCAACAUGUCCAGGCAGGCCCUGGAGGACACUAGGGAGGGGCUGCAGCCAGGGGACAUGCUGUCCCUGGUCCAGCUGCUAGCGCGGGUUGCAGACGUGCCCACAGACACGGCCGCAGUAGGCAACGACAGCCUGGCCACCACCAGCGCCGGGGAGCUCAGCCACACCUUUAUCACUGUGGCUGACAGCAUCAUCAGCCAGGACAACGCCCCCAAGUGGCAGGCCAUCAAACAGGCCUCUCUACCCUCCAAGGUCACAGCAGUGGUGAGUGGACCGAUGGCUGUGGUCAAGAGCAUUGACCGCAUGGUGACCAGUCUGAGCACUCGGCUGAUGGCAGAAACGGACCAUCUACUCAUCCACAGCUCCAACAUCAAGCUGGAGGUUCGGCAGCAGAGACUGGGAGAGAGAUCUAGUGGGCCUAAGUUCUGUGGUCGAGACGUAGAGAGCGACACCAACAUAGACUGUAUCUCAGUCCCCACGCAGAACAUGCAGAAUCUCCAUGACAACGGCUUCCAGAAGGUGACUGUGGUCAACACGUGGUACAGUUCCCUGCGGCCUCUCUUCAACUCAGAGGAGAACAUCACAAUGUUUCCCAUCGUCACUGAUGGCAUCCAGAGGUACCUGGGCACCAUCCUGGGCUCCUCUGUCAUCUCUACUACAGUCCUGGGGGAUGGACAGCCUGUCAGCAUGGCUGUACGCUUCCAGCUCCAACACAGAGCUCAAAAUCCUGCAGGGACCGUGUAUGACCCAAUCUGUGCAUUCUGGGACUUUGAUCUGAUGCCAGAGGCAGGUGGGUGGUGGUCUACUAAAGGCUGUGCAGUCAUCUCUAAACAGUAUGACUCCACUGUCUGCUUCUGCAACCACACCACCAACUUUGCCCUGCUGAUGCAAGUCUAUGAAGUCCAGAGGAGUCCAGAGAAUGAGAGAGCCCUCCAGGUGAUGACGUUCAUUGGCUGUGGAGUGUCUCUGUGUGGCCUACUCUUCACCUUCAUCCUCUUCUUCGCUGUGGGAGUUCCUAAGUCUGACCGCACCACUGUCCAUAAGAACCUGAUCGUGGCUCUGGGGAUAGCUGAGCUGCUGCUGAUGUGCAGUGACUGGGCCUCUGCUAAUGAGGGGGCAUGUCUUCUGGUGACGGCCUUGCUGCACCUCUUCUUCAUGGCCUCCUUCUCCUGGAUGCUGGUGGAGGGGCUACUGCUGUGGAGUAAGGUGGUGUCCGUCAACAUCAGCGAGGACCGCAGGAUGAAGAUGUACUACGGCAUCGGCUGGGGUCUGCCUGUUGUGGUUGUUGGUGUAACCUUGACGAUAUCCCUGGACAAGUACAAAGCAGACAGUCACUGCUGGCUCAAUGUGGAGACUGAUAUGAUUUGGGCCUUUGUGGGACCUGUUCUGUUAAUCUUGGUCGUCAAUGCAGUGGUGCUGUGCCGGGUUGUCAUGGUGACGGUGUCCAGCGCUCGUCGUCAAGCAAAGAAGCACACUCCCAGUUCAGCAUCUAAACUCCACACCUUUGACCUGACCUGGGCUGUGACACGACCAGUCCUUAUUCUACUGCCAGUGCUGGGCCUGACCUGGCUGUGUGGAGUCCUGGUGCACCUCUCCAUGGUGGUGGCGUAUGUCUUCAUCGCUCUCAAUGCUUUUCAGGGCCUGUACAUAUUCUUGGUGUAUGCGGUUUACAACAGUGAGGUGAGGAAUGCCAUAAAGAGGAUCAAAGAGAAGAGGAAAGCCUUGUCUUUCACGAACUGUUCCAAGCCAAUCAGCUUCCUGCCGUCCCAGAGGGGUCCGGCCCAGUCGUGGACCCACAGUCUGCCCCGUCCCUCCAGCCCAGAGACCAGCGAGAACUCAGGCCCCGGCAGCACCACCUCCACCUCACUGGUCAUCAAGAACGAGAGUUUUGGAAAAGAAAGUCGUUUUGUGAGCUUCUCCUUGAAACCAGCAUCAGGAAACCAGGUGGUUCAACUGACUGCUUUCAAGCCCUCAGGCUGCUGAUGGAAUUGGAUACAAAGGCACAUGUAUCAUAUAAACUGGUGGGAAGAAAGCGGAAUUGGACAGUAAAUAUCGCAAACAGAUACACACAAUAGAUGAAUCUACUCUCAUACACAUACAGUGCAUUAGGAAAGUAUUCAGACCCCUUUACUUUUUCCACAUUUUGUUA